AUGGACUACAUGCCUUCCAUAAACUCAACCCACACAUCCACCACCAACACCCCCCUCCCCCCAUCCGUAGACGCCGCAUCCGCGCUCGCCCUCCUGCACAACCACCCCGCCUUCCAAAGCCUACAGCCCCUCCUCGUAAAAAACACCAUCAUCCCCAUCCCUGCUACCCCCGCAACCUCAUGGCUCGUAGCCGAAGCCCAGUCCCUCGCGCAGGCGAACGGGAACGCGAGCGUCGAGUACCGCGAGGUGUCGGUCGCUGUGCCGAUGGGUCCGUUUACUAACACCGUUGUGACGACGUCUGCGUUUGUGGAUACGGAGGAUGGCUUGAUUAUUGUGUUCCAGGCGCCGUUGGGGCUGCAUGGUGUUAAUCGGUUCCGGGUUGUGAGGGAGGGGCAAGGUGAGGGUGGAGGUUUGGUAUUGAUUGAGGAGGCGAGGUUGAUUGGUUAUAGGCUUAUGAUGCCUUUUGUGGUGAAGACGGAGCAGGAGAGUCAUGGGGAGGCUGGGAGGGCGUUUGGGAGGAAACUGGUUGAGAUGAAGGGGGAAGAAGGGGAAGGGGAAGGGGAAGGGGAAAUAGUUAGAAAGUGA